AAUCCUUAGAAGCCAAAACGAUUUAUCCUUCACCCCUGCCGGUGCCAGAACAUCCCCAAAACCCCAAUCAACAAGGACACGAAUUUCAGUCGCCGAUCGGAGAUGAAGGUGGUGGCAUUGGUGAGCGGCGGCAAGGACAGUUGCUUCGCCAUGAUGAAGUCUAUUCAAUACGGCCACGAGAUCGUAGCGUUGGCUAAUUUGAUGCCUGCCGAUGAUUCCGUGGACGAGCUUGACAGCUACAUGUAUCAAACUGUUGGACAUCAAAUUAUUGUUAGCUAUGCAGAAUGCAUGGGAGUUCCAUUGUUUAGAAGGCGAAUUCAAGGAUCCACAAGGCAUCAAAAGCUUAACUAUAGAAUAACUCCAGGUGAUGAAGUGGAAGAUAUGUAUAUUUUGUUAAAUGAAGUGAAGAGGCAAUUACCUUGUGUCACUGCAAUAUGCUCUGGUGCCAUUGCAUCUGACUAUCAAAGAUUGCGGGUAGAGAGUGUUUGUGCAAGGCUAGGACUUGUUUCUCUAGCAUAUUUGUGGAAACGAGAUCAAUCAUUGCUUCUACAUGAAAUGAUAAACAAUGGAAUUUUGGCCAUCACGGUGAAGGUUGCUGCAAUGGGGUUGGAUCCUGUGAAGCACUUGGGCAAAGAACUAGCAUCUUUGGAUUCAGAUCUACAUAAGUUGAACAAAUUAUAUGGGAUCAAUGUAUGUGGUGAAGGUGGAGAAUAUGAAACGUUGACCCUUGAUUGCCCUCUUUUUAAGAAUGCUAGGAUUGUGCUCGAUGAAUACAAAGUUAUGAUGCACUCGUCAGAUUCCAUAGCACCAGUGGGGAUCCUUCAUCCUGUUUCCUUCCAUUUGGAGUAUAAGGCAAAGACCUCUUCUGUUGGUAUCUGUGACAACAGCAAGUCAGUUGACGAUGAGAAAAUGGAUCUUCUAUUUGAAAUACAAGGAGAUUGCUUUAACAGUUGCGACACAUUACAGUCUAUUGCUGAUGCCACUGGUGCCAGUAAUAUACUUGAUGAUGUUCCAGAUGACAGACUUCAAAUUUCUUGUUCAAGGAUGCACAAUACAUUUUCGAUUUGUUGCUGGUUGCAAGAUUCAUGCGGCACUUCUCAAGGUCUGCAGGAUGAUCUAAAGACUGUUCUUAGGAAAAUAGAAUCAGAACUUCUAGGACGCGGUUUUGGAUGGAAAAAUGUGCUUUAUAUUCAUCUUUAUCUUGCUGACAUGGAUGCAUUUGCUUUAGCUAAUGAAGCAUAUGUCAGUUUUAUAACACUAGAGAAGUGCCCUUUUGGCGUUCCAUCACGCAGUACAAUUGAAUUACCUCUACUGCAAGUGAAAUUAGGACAUGCAUAUAUUGAAGUUCUGGUGGCGAACGACCAAACGAAAAGAGUUCUUCAUGUUCAAAGUAUAUCAUCUUGGGCGCCUAGUUGCAUUGGACCAUAUAGCCAGGCAACUUUGCAUAAGGAAAUCCUUUACAUGGCUGGACAAUUGGGGCUUAACCCUCCCACUAUGACACUUUGUAGUGGAGGUGCUACAAAUGAACUGGAACAAGCAUUAGAAAAUUGUGAAGCAGUGGCAGAAUGUUUUAACUCUUCAAUAUGUACUUCUUCUGUUAUAUUUGUCACAUAUUGUUCUACUCAUAUUCAACCAGAGGAGAGAAGGAAAAUACAGGACAAGUUGCAUGGUGCACUCGAGGAAAUGAGGCACUCCGAUAAAGAUAGUUUGUCAAAAGCGCUUGAUACCAUUUUUCUAUAUAUUAAUGUACCCAAUCUUCCUAAAGGAGCACUUGUUGAAGUAAAGCCCAUUCUAUACGUUCAGGAGAACGUAGAUACAGUAACAGAAAUUGUUCACGACUUACCGAAGUUACAUACCCCUAGAUAUUGGGGUUUCCAGCAUGAACACUGGCACAAUUCUUGCAUUCAGAAAUGCGUUGUUAAUGGGAAGAUAUGUGCAGUUGUGUUGUCCGUGACAAAUGAACUUGCUCGGAAUAUUUGUUCUUGCUCGCUAGGAAAUCUGAUUACCGAGGAGCACUUGGAAUUGGUUUCCAAGUUUUGUAUUUAUCUUCUCAACGAAGUUCUCUUGGAUAGCGCCUUCUUUUGGGAAGAUAUAAAGAAUUUAAGGUUCUACUUCCCAACAAACCUUAAUAUUACUCUGGAGGUUGCUUCACUCAUAUUCUCACGUGCUUUCAAUGAACUUGCGGAGUCAAAUCCAACUGUCGAUGUUGGUCGGUUCUUCAACCUCAUCCCAGUCUUGGGUGCAGGACGGACACCAACAUCCAUGGAUAAUAUAUUGACUUGCGAAUUAUUUGCUCAGAAAUCCUGAGACCAAGUGCCCAACUGCUGCUAUUCUCUUGCUUUCAAUUAUAUCUCCUCAAGUUUACACGAACGAAGUGAAAAAUGAAAUUUGCAGAUUCUUGGUUAUAUGAGGUACGUCAACUCCCUUCAAGGCAAACUCUUAUCUAUAUAGUUUUUCCUCCUAAAAGAUAUAGAUAUAUAACUUAAAUUGAUUUUGUAUUAUUAUCCUAUUGUUAUUGUAAUUUUGUACCAAUUUUCUUUAGGGAAAAAAAAAGGAAAAAAUUGUUGAUUGAAAUUCUGUACCACCAAUCAUUUGUUUAGUACAUAUUUCAAUGUGAAAGGAUCUUAAUAUUUUCGAUGCAUCGAAAGUGCUUUGCUCUGGAAUAGACAUUUUUGUUCAUGUUUAGGCUCGAAUUUUGACAU